AUGAAACUUUUAGGUUGUGCAUGCUAUUAUCCAGAAUCAACACUUCAUGACCGGCCAAUUUUAUUUCGAAGAUUAAGAUUUUUACAGCUCGCAACAGUUUCGCUUAUAACCUUUUCAGUAGAAAUUAUACAAGCGAUCGCUUUUUUUGGGCAACUUAAAGAUACCCAGCCAAGUUCUUUUUAUCUUUCCACAACCACGUUUGAUUUAUGCGGUAUAAAGUUGCUAUAUCAUAUAGUCAUUGGUCUUACUCUAAUAAGCACUACAUAUUAUUUCGUGCGAUUCAGUCACAGAUGGUAUCAUGGGCCUUAUCAAACUGACAUCUUAGUUGAUCUCACGUUUUUUUAUUUGUGGGUCGUUGCCGGAUUCACAAAUAUUUUCCCAUUGUUUAAAGGAAACAGAUGGGCAUGUUUAGAUGACGCGUUCGGUCCAAAGGUAGAAUUUCUCAAGAGGGUACUAUGUGACGGAUAUAUAUUUAGUACAAUAUUUGGAUGGAUUAUGAUAAUAGAGUUUUGUAUUAGCACAGUAUUGUAUCUAAGAUUAUGGAAGACAAGGAAUUGGUGGGAAAAAUCAAGCAUAAAUGUCGAAAAUAAUCAUUCGUUUGACCAAACAAACUUAACGGAAAUUAACAUGAAUGAUAUAAAAAAUCUUUCUCCUCGUGAACGUCACCGUCUUGUACUUGAAUUAGGUCCAAGACGUGAUUCAUCAAGGACAAUCACCUAA